CACCGCACUGGCAGGACUUUACAUCCAGGAGGUUACCUCAGCAACAGCUACAUUGUAAUAAACACCUGUAACGAACAGCGUUGGUCAGAAAAAAAGUGCAUAACCUGUGUUUGAAUAUUCCUCAAUAGGCUGGACUUUAUUGAACAAUUUUGGGACAAAUGAUUUGCUGAAGUUGACUGGACUAUUGUGGGAUAUUAAAACUUGAAGAUGCCGGCUGAUAUUUUGGAGAAAACCUCCCCAUCCUCUGUUGCAGCCACCCUGUCGAGCGUAAAUGGAAAUCCGGAUAAACCAAGGACUGCCUCAGAGCACAGAAAGUCAUCUAAGCCAAUUAUGGAGAAGAGGAGACGCGCGCGAAUCAACGAAAGCCUUGGACAGCUCAAGACCCUCAUACUGGACGCUCUAAAGAAAGAUAGCUCCAGGCAUUCGAAGCUGGAGAAGGCGGACAUCCUUGAGAUGACUGUGAAGCACCUAAGGAACCUGCAGCGUCUUCAAAUGACUGGUGCUAUAAGCACGGAUCCAUCAGUCCUUGGCAAGUACAGAGCGGGAUUCAGCGAGUGCAUGAGUGAAGUCACCCGUUUUCUGUCCACAUGUGAAGAGGUGAACAUGGAGGUCAGUGCCCAACUUCUCAGCCACUUAGCCGGCUGUGUGUCACAGAUCAACACCGUAAACUACUCAACUCAUCGCCAGAUCCCCACCUACCCUCCGCAUCCAGCGCAUCCAACGCUUGGCCAAGCCAUUGUGCAAAUCCCAAGUGCGUCGCCUCAGUUGAAUGUAAUCAUGCCUUGCAAAAGUGGCUCGCCAAUGAACUUCACAUCAGAAGUGGCUAAAUUAUAUAGUGGACUUCAGAUUGUGUCAGCGACAGAUGGACAAUUCGCCUUUCUGAUUCCAAGCACGGCCCUUGCGCAUAUGAGCGUGCCAAACGCGCUACAUGGCAAUCCAGCAGUUGCGGUGGCGGUGUCACCUGUUGUAUCUCCCAGCACUGCAGACUCCGUGUGGAGACCAUGGUAGGGUCACCGUGCGCAUUAGACUGAAGGACUUUUAUGCACAAUGACGCAUUUUUUAACGGGAAACAUUCCAUCUGAUAUUAGUUUUUGUAUAUUUUUGUAUAGGCUAUUCAAAGCAAUACUCAAGAGUGAUGCUUACGCACAUGUUGUUUGAUAGAGAAUACACUUUUCCAUUAGAUAUUUUCUAUUCGUAUGUCAGUGAUGUCAUGAUCAUGUGUUA